AUGAUAUCAGUAGGCUCAGCACAACCUGGAAAUGGAUUUGGCACACUUUUUGGGAUAGUUUGUACGACAUCAGUUUCACUGUCAUUCGAUGAUACAGAAAUCGAUUUAUCAACAUGUUCAACAAUAAAUACAUCUGAUGGUUGCUGGAUUAAUUUUAUAGUCGAUUACCCCGCAAAUAGUACAAAAAUCAUGUUUUCUCUCUUACCUGGUGAUCUAUUGUAUCUGACAAAUGGUGAAUAUCCAUUAAUAACGCAUUCCGCAACAAUCUGGCUAGAUAAACAAAAAUUUACGCGAAGCAUGAGUUAUGUGUGUUUUAAUGGUGAUGAGUGUGGAUUAAACUACACACAGCAGCUAUUUAAUGAGACAAGAACAUUGAACUAUGAAUAUAUAAUAAAUGGUCUAUCCGACUUGUUAGUGGGCGAGAAUACAACAGCAACCACCAACAAUGAUUUAGCAUGUUAUAAUCAAUAUGACAAAGAAGUAUCGUGUCCAGGAGGUGUUUGUCAAAUUAUAUCUACUUGGUUCGAUUCUAAUAAAAUAUCGGUUAGAUCGUGCGUGAAGAAAGGUUCAAUGAGUACGAAUGGAAUACGUGUACACAAUGAUCUUGUUCAUGCUAUUCGACAAAUUCUUAGUCAAAAUGAUCCUCAAUUAUUGACAUCUUUAAGCUAUACAUCUUCAUUUGCACUACUAUCAACUACCACAACUUCGCUACCCAAUCGAUUCAGUUCAACAUCAUUAAGUUCGCUAAGCUCUGACUUUUCUUGGAGGCUGUUAAUUGGCGUUACAAUAACAGUUUCAGUUUGUUCAAUAAAACAUUGGACAUAG